UCAUCAGAUUUCAAAAGGUUGGAACCAGUGUGCAGCAGCAUCUAGACAACAUCACCCAAAGCAGUCAGCCCUACCUUCUCGCCCAGGGAUCCACACAGAGCAGCAUUCACUCCUACUUCAUUGUGGUUGACAAGCAUGCAGUUCCAUGCAAGGCAACAGGUUCAGUAGGAGCUUUUGACGAAGUCUUUAAAGCCCAUUACGUCUUUGGUACGUCAUACAGUUCUUCCUUGAGCAGCUUUUUCACAUUUGUGCAAACAACCAUCUAUAACAUCGACAUGGGGGAAACAAAGGAGACUCCUAGAGUUGCAGAGUUGCGAGCAAGAAUGGUGCGUUGAGAUAAAACUAUUUAGUGUUUUCUUUGCAAAAGUGACCAUGGAAGUCCAAACAACCUUGUUAAGCACCUUAAGGUAAUUCAUGGGCUAUGUACAGGCAGGACUCUUUUUCUGAAAUGUGGUCAAGAAGGAUGCACACGUUCUUUUGGUAGCUUUUCUCGUUUUAGAAAGCAUCUUAAUAAGUGCCAUGGAAGCAGUUUAGUUGAUUCUGUAGAAGAUGAUCUUUCAUAUCCUCAAAGUACCGUCAACACAAGUAAUGUUUCUCACGUUGAAAUGUCGACUGAAUGUUUAGAGGCUGAGUCAGAGUUACUUUUGCCAUACAUUGUAAAUAGUUGUGCAGCUGUAAUUUCUGAUCUAAAGGCAGCAGGUGUUGGCCAAAGUACAGUGAAUUCUGUAGUGAAUUCCAUGGAAGAGAUCGUUCAAGAUAUCCAUCAGCAUGCUAAAGAGACAGUGAUAAAGCAUGUAUUUAGUAAUGAAAGAGAAACCGAAAUGUGCAAGAAAGUUGAGGCGUGUUUUGAGGGGUUAGAGAAUCCUUUCACAAUUCUAAAUUCGGAAUACAAGCGAUCAAAAUUUAUGACUGCCAAGUGGGAAAUAGUAGAACCAGUUGAAUGUGUGAUUGGUUCAAGAUUUGACACAAGACGAAAUAAAAAGACUGGAACAUAUGAUCAGGUAGUAGUUCAAGAUAAAUUCAUGUAUAUUCCAAUUUUAUCUACACUGCAGUCAAUAUUUAAAAGUCAGUAUGUUGCAGAAAUGUUGCAAAGCUCAGCUACCAGCAACUCUAGACUGAGAGAUAUUUGUGAUGGAUCUUUUUUUAAAAGUCACCCCCUGUUCUCAACUGAGAAGCAGACAAUACAGGUCCAGAUGUUCUAUGAUGAUUUUGAGGUCGCCAACCCUCUGGGUUCUAAGCGAGGUAUUCAUAAAUUGGGUGGAGUAUAUUUUACUUUAAGAAACUUCUCUCCAAAAUGGAAUUCUUUUUUGGCUAACAUACACCUGUGCGCCUUAUUUCAUACUCAAGAUGUUAAACGGUAUGGUUUUAGUGAAAUUUUUGCUCCCAUUGUUCGAGACAUUAAAGUGUUAGAGAGUGAUGGUAUUGAGAUUCCAUUAUACAGUGGUUAUGUACGUGGCACUGUAGUACAGGUAACAGGUGAUAAUUUGGGUUUGCAUAGUUUGUUUGGUCUGGUGGAGUCUUUCAGUGCAAGGUACUGUUGCAGGUUCUGUUUAGCGGAAAAGGAGGACUUUCAAACAGAAUUCUCUGAAGAUUCUUCCAAAAUAGUUUUACGCACCAAAGAUAUGCACACUGCUCACUGUCAAGAAAUGGCUUGUAAUCCAUCCCUUCCAUAUGUUUUUGGUGUGAAAAGGUCAUGCAUAUUAAAUUCAUUGAUGUAUUUUCACACAACUGAGAACUUCUCAGUUGAUGUGAUGCAUGAUGUGUUAGAAGGGGUGGGCCAGUACGAAUUGAAGUUAUUAUUUCUGUAUUUGAAGGAAAAACAUGUUACGUUCAGGAGAAAUACAUUCAAGAAUACAAAGUUUUGAUUAUGGUUUCCUGGAGAGAAACAAUAGGCCUGUGGCUGUUAAUUUAGGUGAAGGAUCUAAUGAUCUGGGACUGAAUGCAGUUCAGUCCUGGUGCUUACUUAGGAAUGUACCUCUUAUCUUUGGAGAUUUGGUAACUUCUACUGACGAACACUGGGGCCUGCUUCUUUUAUUACUUCAAAUAAUUAACAUUAUAUUCUCGCCCAUGUUAUCUCAAGGUCUAUGUGUAUAUUUAAAACAUUUAAUUGUGAUCAUCAUACACUGUUUAAGAAGUUGUAUCCUCAGAAAAAACUUCUACCAAAGCACCAUUUUCUUAUCCACUAUCCCCGCUGCAUCCAGAAAAUAGGGCCUGUACUUCAUAGUUGGUGUAUGAGGUAUGAAGGCAAACAUAAUUUUUUCAAAAAACAGCUUAAAUCGUUUAAAAAUAUUACCAAAACGCUGGCAAAAAAGCAUCAGAAUCAUAUGGCAUAUAGUUGGCGAAGUUCAACAACUUUUAGUCGGUUAGAUAUUGGUCCAGGAAAAAUGGUGGCUUUAAAUAUGGUAAAAGGAGGUUCUGGAAUUGCUAUGGCAAUGCAAGUGCCCAGUAGCAUUCAGGUUAUGAAGGUUAAUUGGGCUAAACAUAAUGGGUUUGUUUAUCGCCCACACUUGGUUAUCUGUGGCAAAGUUGAAUCUGAAGUGCCCUUGUUUUAUCAGAUUGAGUCAGUUCUGAUAAUGUGUGAAAAACUGUUGCUACUCACCGUGCCUUUAGUUACAGUAACCUUUCAAGAACAUUUCCAUGCAUAUGAGGUGAUCAGAUCAAAGCAUGAUUUAGUUUGUUUUCAUGUCGACAACCUGCACUACCCUAGGCCUUUUGACAUACAAAUGUCAUAUGGAGGAAAUGACACAGCUCUCCUUGUUGUGCCAUAUUGCUUUCUCUGGUGAACAUUUUUAUGAUGUUAUACUUCUCUGUCAUAGACAAGGCAAUGGGUUUGCAAUGUAAAUUCACUGACAUUGAAAUCAUUUUUUUUUUUUUCAAUAAAUGUGGGUGCUGUCAUCUU